ACAUAAAAUAAAAGAAGAAAAAAAAGGGCCCAGAAAUAUCAAAUGGGGACAUUUGCAAAGUACCUGUACAAGGAAGAGGGGGGAAAAGGCAAAAAAAAAAGGGUCAUCAUUGUAAAUCAGGGAAAUAAGAAGACUUGUGAAACAGAUCACAGGAUAAAUUUAGCCCCUGUCACAGUCUUGCUGUCAAUUCAGGAAAAGGUUGCAGUGAAUUUUGUCUCAAUGUUGAAGUCGCAGCGUUGGAUCACGGUUGUCAUUCAGACUCUUGGCUCGACUGAGAAAGGCACUUUUGUCAGAAAGUAUUUCUCAGAGUGCAGUAUUCCCAGCAAAGCAUCUUCUCCGACUGGGAGGUCCUCCGAUAUUAGGCUGGAUGGAAAGACUGUAUUAUUAACUGGGGGUAACACUGGCAUCGGCAAAGAGACCGCAAGAGACUUGGCCAAGAGAGGAGCCAGGAUUAUUAUAGCCUGCAGGGAUAUGGAGAAAGGGACAGCUGCAGUUAAAGAGCUAGUGGAAGAUUCUGGAAAUGAAAGUAUUAUUGUGAAGAAAUUGGAUUUAGCUGACACCAAAUCUAUUCGAGAAUUUGCUGCCCAGAUCAAUGAUGGAGAGGAGCAGAUAAAUAUACUGAUCAACAAUGCUGGGGUGAUGAUGUGCCCUUACUCCAAGACAGCAGAUGGGUUUGAAAUGCAGUUUGGUGUCAAUCAUUUAGGUCACUUUUUAUUAACCUAUUUACUGCUUGAUUUGGUAAAACGUUCUAGUCCUGCACGCAUCAUCAAUGUGUCUUCCACUGCGCACAAAAUGGGGAGCAUCAAUUUUGAAGAUCUAAAUAGUGAGCAGAGUUACAGUUCGAUAAAAGCCUAUGGACAGAGCAAGCUGGCCAACAUUCUGUUUACAAAGGAGCUGGCCAAAAAACUGGAAGGGACCGGGGUGACAGUCUAUUCCUUGCAUCCUGGGGCGGUGCGGACAGAAUUAGGGAGACACUUGAACGUUGUGAUCCGGGCAAGCUUCAAACUGUUCCAUUUUUUUACCAAGUCGCCAACAGAGGGUGCACAAACCUCAAUUUACUGUGCUGUGGCUCCAGAACUGGAAAAGAAAACUGGACAAUAUUACAGCGAUUGUGCCCAAGUAGACUGUUCAAGAGCUGCGUCCAAUGAGGAAACAGCGAAGAAACUAUGGGACGUCAGCUGCAAAAUGGUUGGAAUCGAUUGGCAGUGAGAUCUUGAUGUGACAAAGAUCUGUGCAAUGAUAAUGUUUAUGAUUUAAACAUUUUUUUCUAAUCUGAAGAUUAAUGAAACUGAGAUUAUCACAGUAAAAUAAAUUGUCACAGUAAACUACUGCCAGAAAACUAUACAUUAUAUGAUUAACAUUUGUCUAAAA